AAGUUAUACAAGAAGCGCUUCAUCGGUCUUUUCGUACUGGUCAUGCUCAAUAUUAUCGUCAGCUGGGAUUGGUUGACCUUCUCGGCCGUAUCCAGCACUGCUGCCCAGUUCUUCCAAGUUUCGGAGAGUGCUAUCAAUUGGCUCAGCACCGGGUUUCUGUUCGCUUUUGUUGUUGCAUCUCCGUUCACUAUCUGGGCUCUGCACAGAGGCCCCAAGACUUCGAUCGUUAUUUCUGCCCUCUUGCUAUUCAUAGGCAAUUGGAUUCGAUAUGCUGGAUCUCGUUCUGGCCAUCAUGGUCACUUCCCAGCCGUCAUCGUAGGCCAGAUUAUCAUAGGCUUUGCACAACCUUUCGUUCUGGCUGCUCCCACUCGCUACAGUGAUCUCUGGUUCCCCGAGAAAGGUUUGUUUGGUCGGGUUUCUGCCACAGCUAUAGCUUCACUGGCCAAUCCUCUUGGAGGUGCUCUUGGCCAGCUCAUUGGUCCCCUCUGGGCUACCAACCCAAAAGAUGUACCAAACAUGGUUCUCUACACAGCCAUCGUCUCCUGCGUCGCAUGUUUGCCCGCUUUCGUUAUUCCUUCAAAACCCCCGACACCUCCUUCUCCCACCGGGGAUAUCGAAAAGCUCGAUAUCACUGGUUCAAUCACACUGCUAAAAGGCAACAAAGCUUUCUUCCUGGUCUUUGUCGCAUUCGGAGUAUACGUUGGCUUCUUCAACGCAGUAUCGAGUCUAAUCAACCAAAUCUUCGAGCCAUAUGGCUUUUCCGAAACCGACGCCGGCAUCGCAGGCGCAAUUCUGAUUUUCGUUGGUUUGGGAGCUUCAGCAAUUGUUUCGCCAUUCGUGGAUCGCACGAAACAUUAUCUGCGGACAAUACAGUUGUUGGUUCCGUUGAUUGCAAUCGGCUAUGUGGCGCUCAUCUUCAUGCCAGAGACUCGCACGGUAGCAGGGCCUUAUAUCAUUUGCGCCUUAUUGGGAGCAGCUUCGUUCUCUUUGCUGCCUUGCGCACUAGAAUAUCUGGUUGAGAUUACAUACCCUGCUAGUCCAGAAGUCAGCAGCACGAUAUGUUGGGCAGGAGGACAGUUGCUUGGUGCCAUCUUCAUCAUCGUCAUGGAUGCAUUGAAGGGUGGGCUUGGUGGCCAGCCCAAAGACUCUAUGAAGAGAGCGUUGAUCUUUGAGGCUGUGAUCAGCUGUUUGGCUGUUCCU